UAAACACGGCCAAAUAUUGUAUCGCCUAUAACACACACACACACACACAGAGGAAAUAGAACGAUAAUCACACAACAGUUCUACAACAUGGAAAACAACGAUUAUAGCUAUCUAUUCAAGUACCUGCUGAUAGGGGACUCGGGUGUAGGGAAAUCCAACCUGUUACUCCGGUUCGCGGAUGAUGUAUUUUCAGACACAUACAUCUACACUAUUGGAGUAGACUUCAAAAUCCGAACAGUGAGCAUUGAUAACAGCGCCGUACGAUUACAAGUUUGGGACACGGCGGGACAGGAGCGAUUCAAAACCAUUACGUCAUCAUUUUACCGCGGGUCGCACGGUAUUAUGCUUGUCUAUGACGUCACUAACAUAGAGUCCUUCCGACACGUGGAGUUGUGGCUUCAAGAGGUGGACAGAUACGGAGGCAAGGAUAACAAUUUGAUUCUCGUGGGGAACAAAAUAGACAUGACCAGUAAACGGGUGGUGACGUAUGAAAUGGGCAAGGAAUAUGCUGAGAGACAUGGUAUUUCGUUCAUGGAGACCAGUGCCAAAACUUCAACAAACGUGGAAAAUCUAUUUACAACUAUGGCAGAGGAAAUCAAAAGCAAACUCGAUAGCGGUAAGCUAGAUACCACACAUAGAGGUGGGACAGUGAAUGUCCGCAAUAGUUCACCGAUCAAACAAUCACCCUGGGUAUGUUGUGCGUGAGGAAAUGGCGACAUGAAUAUCAACGUAGCAUACAUCGUUGCUAUGCAACCUAAACAGCUGUAAUGUGACAUGAGUUGAAAACAUGGCAAUAUAUAUAUAUAUAUAUUUGAUAUAUAUUGCAAUAAGUCGUACCCCUGCCAUAUUAGAAAAAAAUACGCAUAUGACUGACGUACGACUUCGUGCAAACCUCACUUAAAACUCAAAGUCACUUGGUGCAGAAAGUUGACUUGCUGCAUGGAAAAACAAAAUUUUCAAAUAGGUGCUUCAUUAUGUAUGUCGUAUAUGGUGUAAAGCUGGUAUAAGUAUGAGGAUAUCUUUUGUUGAGAACACAUUUUGUGAAAAUAUGUUGUUAAGCUUUAGAGUUGUAUGCAAUGAUAAGGAAAGUGUAAACUUUAAAGAAUCAGUACACUAUUAUUGAAAAUAGAAAUCGACAAGUCUGUGAGGUAGAUAGUAUUCGCUAGAUUCGACCGAAGAUAUUCCAACAGAUACGAUGUGAACCUUGGAAAGAUCUAACCCAAGUGAAUGAAUAUAUAUGCGAUAUAAUGAUUGUGAACAAGUAAUGUAUAUAUUUCAAAUUCAGCAGAAAAGAAUUAAUUGAACAGAAAUGAGGAAUUAGAUAUAUAGAGAAUAAUAAAUGCCUUUUACCAUAUCACACCCAGUAUCAACCCGAGAGUGCAAUAUCAGCCCAAG